AUGAAAUUAUACGACUAUGACGAUGAUGAUGAUGAUGCUUUGGAUGAUGAUGAUGAUGCUUUGGAUGAUGAUGAUGAUGCUUUGGAUGAUGAUGAUGAUGCUUUGGAUGAUGAUGAUGAUGAUGAUGCUUUGGAUGAUGAUGAUGAUGAUGAUGCUUUGGAUGAUGAUGAUGAUGAUGCUUUGGAUGAUGAUGAUGAUGAUGGUGAUGAUAACCGGUGCUUUCAACGUGGUAUGGUCACUGGCGAACGAAUGUCAAGAUAG